AUGGAGGAACUGCUAGCUACACAUCGGAAGCAGGCUAAGGAUCUGCAGAAUCAAAUCACAGGUAUGAAGAAACAAGCGACAAAAUCGUCGAGAAAACAAGUCGUUGCCAAAUGUGAACAAUUACAAGCAGAUCUGAAAGCUAAACAGACACAGGAGAUAGCCGAGCUCGAAGGCUCAUCGUCGAAGGAGGAGGAGGAUGAGGUGACUCCCGAACAAUUGCUGGCUCAGUUGUCCAUAAGUGAAAAUACUCAUACGUCUGUUGUGGAUGACGUAAUCACUGCCACUCAUGAACAGCCAAAGAAAAGAAGAAAUAGACAGAAGGAGAAAUUGGCAAAGAGAGAAGCUGAAAUUGAAAGAAUAAAAGAAGAAGCGAGGAAGGAAGCUGCAGUGCAACCAAACUUACAAAAAAUUGAACAAGAAGCCAUCGAUAAGAUGUGCGAAUUGAAUAAAGUCAUUCAAAUCGAUAUUAAACCUGAUGGUCAUUGUCUGUUUGCAUCAAUCCUAGAUCAAUUACAAACACGUCAUCCGGAUUUCAAAGACACUCAUCUAGGUUGUGAUAUAUACAAACUGAGAUCCAUGUCGUGUGAUUACAUUCGUGACCACAAGGACGAUUUCAUACCAUAUUUGUUUGAUGAAACAACUAUGCAAAUUCAAGAUAUAGAUGAAUACACAAAGGAAAUGGAAACUACUGCAAAAUGGGGUGGUGAGAUUGAAAUCUUGGCAUUAUCGAAGGUGUUUGAUUGUCCAAUAUCUAUUAUGUUCAGUGAUAGACCUCAACAGAAGUUUAAUGAGACUGGGGAAUUACCGGAAUUGAAACUCGUCUAUUAUAAGCAUAGUUACUCACUUGGUGAGCAUUAUAACUCCUUGCAUGACAUAUUGAAUUGA